CUUUCCCCCCAUUCACAAUGCUUUUCACUCGUGCUGCUCUCCAGCUGGCUGCGGCUGCUUCGAUCAGUGCACAGAACACAAUUCAGGGACUACUGGACUUUUAUGCGACGCAGAACAACCUGCAGUACAUGGCGAACCUCUUCGCGGCAGUGAACUACGGCUUCUACCCACAAGCUAACCUUCCUCAGCUUCAGAGCAUUGCAAACCACAUCAAGAACUGCAGCGACGCGUUCGACCUCGCGACGAUCGCAGUCACCGAGCUCAUCCCGCAGGGCGCGUACUUCCCGCUCAUCGACGCAUCGGAGCAGGACACGAUCAACCAGCGCUUCGUCCCAUCCACGCAGGGCACGAUCACGAGCCACCUCCACACGCUGCUGUACGAGAAGGCGUUCUACGAGGACGUGCAGGCGAAUCCGGCGAUGAAGAUCAAGCUGUGCCACUGGGUCGGCGAUCUCGCGUACCAGAAUGCGAUAUUCCUCGGGAUCAUGGCGCGCGCGGCACCGACGUACACGACGUCGUGGACCAAUUUGAAGACUGCGGCUGCGGGUGUAUAUAAUGACUUUUUGGGUAACUUGAAUGGGUUCUCUUGCGGUGGUCUGUGAGUAGCAGUACUUCGAUUCUCAGAUGCCAUCUCUUCAACUUCGAAAAAGUACCAUUCGAGGUCUCAGCAGUUUGGGGCAGCGGCCCUGCUGAUUACGUCGUAUACUGACAAGCUUUUCUGCGAUGACGUUAUGGUCAGCCUCAGUUCUCACCAAUCAAGCCAAGCUCACUC